GCACACACACGCACCAUCUAUCAGAUCUUCACGGAUCGACAACAAGAAGAGAACAAAUCGGAUGGCACGAAUACGACACCCAUUAAUCCUCUCACAAAACACAGACUACCCCUUUGACGUUGACAUGAUUCGGCAUUGGAGCAGAUUGAAUCGUGUGUAGGAUCGAUUUAAAACGGAUGUUCAAACCGCACGCCAUCAGACGUUCGCAAGAACAGCUUUUUCUCAGUAGAGUAGCAUAACUCUUACAAAGGUAUUGGGAUGAAGAGGCAACAAAUACAUUCACUGCUUGUUUUGUCGGCCGUCAUACUCUGCGCGUUGCACGAGGCAGUGGGGUACAGCAGAGCUGGCGGCGUCUCAGAAACCUCAAUGCCAGCCACAUCUCCAGGAGAGGAGGGAGGCAGCCAUAGCAGAGCACGGUCGAGGCACACGCACGUCAGAUCAAACAACCAAACAUUCGACAGUCUUGUCAACAAUAGCAGACACGCACCAAUGAUCAGAGAGGGGUCUGAGCCCUUGUCCAACACCAGAAGAAGCCACCUUCCCGCUGUGAUGUCUGGGAGGAAAAACAGCCCCAGAUGGAGCCCCACAGAGCAGCGGGGGGCAUCACUGUGUGCCUACAGAGUCAUCGAGGGGGGUGUCGGGGGGCAACUCUGUUUCCGACACACACAGUGGGGCUUCCAUUGCGGCAGCGCGAACUGCAGGACCGUGAGUUCCCUGGGGGGCCUGGUGGCAAACAUCCUCACAAACGGCACUGUGCUGUUGCAAUGGACCAACGAGGGUGCAGUACGUGGGAGGGUUCACGGUAAGGCCACCGACGUAAGCACUGGUCAGGGCCCUCACAUAAACAAGACCGGUGGUGGGGAUGGAAACCACACGAGUGGGGACUCAGCGACAGGCUCGACAGAGGGACCACAGGGGUAUUUAACUCCCACACCCAGGGCUGCUUUUAGCCACCGACCCCGCAGGAGGUCGGGCGUGGAGCUGAGCUGCUGGUGGAACGGGAGCUACACGCAGUUCGAAUGCGCCACCGUCCACCUCGGCCCCGGCUGCAGGGACUUCCUGCUGACCGACCUGCACGAGAACGUCCCCUACCGCAUCUGUCUCCGCGCCCUGGCUCCGGCCCAGUCCCCGGGGGACCGGAGGGACUGCGUGGAGUUCACCAUGUCGCCUUCCGGCAUGCAGGACAUUGUGAUCGCCAUGACUACCGUGGGAGGCGCCAUAUGUGUCAUGUUGGUCAUCAUAUGCCUGCUGGUGGCGUACAUCACAGAGAACAUCAUGAGCCCCGCCACGCAACACACGUACCAUUAUCACACACACUCGCGGCACUGACGCAGUGUGCGUCAGUGUACACAAAGUGUGGUCCGGAUACACAAUGUGUAUGGGGAUCAAUUGUCCUGAAUCAUCCUACUGUGUCUUAUACGAAACAUGUUUAAAUCAGCCACAUAAUGCCUCCGUACAUUAGAUCUUGCUCGGUUUGGUGUUGAGCCUGCAAAAUAGCAACUUCUAAACCUUCUAAUCAUUACAAGGGAUGCACUGAACCAAAAUGAGCCAUUCACUACACAUAUGUUUAUAAAGAAUCAUUGUUUUAUGUGGUGAUUCCGCCUUUUCAGCUGUGAUCAAUCUCUUUGUAAAACUGCAAUAAAAACCAUCAACCUGAGUGACAGAGAAAUCAUAAUAAUAGCUUGGUAAUAAAAACCUAACUUUUAAUUCCAUACUUUCACAAAUGAUGGCUUCAUUGCCUCUGUGGCUGUUAGUUCCAGAGCCAUUUUUUGCUGUUCUCUCUGUUUGAACUCUGGUUGUCACUGACCACUUUUACUGCACUUUUUGAAAAUAGGCCUCUUCUAAAUGUAAAAUAAGUAAGAUGACAUAGGUUGCCAUGGCAAAGUCAAUAAACU